AUGCGUGCUUCCACCUUCGCGCUCCUUGUGGUGGCGGCCAUGCUCACAGACACCGUCGAGACACUCGGCAGUGCUCGCACCGCCAUCGAUAAGGCCGACAGCUGCACGAUGCCGUCUCCGGCAGCCAUCGUCUCUUCCACCUGGACGCCCGCCUGGCCCACGUUCGACGAGCCGUGUCGCCCCCAGACCGCAGUUGCACAGCGACCCAUCCACUCCAGGGCCCCUGUCCCGGGCGACUGGUCCACCGGCUACAUGGCGACCUGCCGCAAUUGCUCGCUCAGGGUCAUGGAUCCCAGGGAGCACAGAGACACCCUGCUCAGCUGCAUGUGCCUCAACGGCCAUCCCGAGUGCCAAGAGACGAUGGACGUCGCUCAGUAUGUCAAGGCUGAGCUCGACCUCAACGCCCACUUCGGCAACGACCAGGGACACCUGACUUUCGGCGACCAGAACUUCUUGUACACUUGCGAGGCCUGCAACCUUACCUGCGGAUACUGGUACUUCUGCGAGUGCUCCUAUGGCGAGGGAACACAUUACAGCAACAUCAACCUCGACUUGUACUUUUGGGCUCCCUACGGCAAUCUGCAGCGUCGGCCGGCUGUCAAUCUCCCACCCAAGGCGGUUGUGCCCUCGCUUGACGUAGCCGACCCUGAAGGUCAAGGACGUCCCCCAGUCGUCCCAGAUGGCCCUGACGGCACCUGGAAGGCCAAGCAUGUCCGCCGCGGAAUCCUCCCCAACCUCGGUGUCGUCUCCCAGCUCUUCGGGCUGAUGUGGCGCGGCGGCGGCGGUGGUGGAAACGACUGGUACAAGGGCCUUCGCCGUGGCCACCCUCAAAAUCGCGACAAGCGCUUCCGGGAAAAGGUGGUGCGAUCGCUGGGAAAGCCUCGGGCGUUCUCGACCUGGGCGCAAGCAGCUGACACCUUCCGCCGCGUCACCUUCCGCCGAGCAGGCCAGGUUGACGACAUUGAGUCAACCAACUGCUGGAUCUGGCUGGGUGACACAGCCUUCUGUGAACCAAUGCGACCAGAAUUCGUCUUCCUCUGGGGGGGUCUUGAUGGGGCUGUUGCGCGUGGUGGCUAG